AAAAAAAAACCAAAAAAAUCUGUCGCGAAGCAGCACACGACAAGCGCUUUCCUCUCUCGCUUCUCGUCUACCUCUUGCGCUUUGUCAGAUUCUUCCUUCUUUUCUAUCCGGGGCAACAACAACAAGUGAUCGAUGUCCGCUCAAGCUUGCCGAUCCGGGAUCAACUUCGCUCGCCCGCUGGUUCCUCUCCGCUGGAAAAGCUCUCUCUUUUGAUCCCCAAGAUCGCUCCUUUUUGCUAAAAAAAACCAAGAAAUGGGGUCGCUGCGUGUCCUCGCGUUCGCUCUCCUCUUGCCUCUCGUUUGCGCCACCCACAUCAAGUACUGUGAUAAUUCUGGGGACUAUGCUGUGAAGGUGACCGAUGUUAAGAUAUCGCCUAACCCAGUGGUUCCAGGCAAGCCGACCACCUUUGACAUCUCUGCUUCUACAGGUCAAAAUCUCUCCAACGGAAAAGUAGUGAUACGAGUUACAUUUUUUGGGGUUCAAGUCCAUACAGAGACCCAUGAUCUCUGUGAAGAGAUAUCCUGUCCUAUCGCGGCAGGAAAAUUCGUGCUAUCCCACACCCAAAGUCUACCUGUGUUUACUCCUCCAGGCUUGUACACUCUAAGGAUAACCAUGGAGGAUGACCUGAAUGAGCAGUUAACCUGCAUCAGCUUCAAUUUCAGGAUCGGAUUCGGAUCUCUGGUCUUCAACAGUUGAAAAUCCCCCAUACCCAUAUCUUUAGGCGACUUCAAAAGGUCGGAUACUACUUUCUUUUCCGAGCAUGAGAUCCCCCACGCCAUAUUUUACUGUACUUCCUGGUGUACUAUUCUUUCUACAUCUCGAAAGUGCUACGAAUCUCCCUUUUAAAUGGAAAUAUUUUUGGAUCUAGACGCCUCAUUGGUGCAUUGGAUGUCAUAAGUCAUUUCAACUUCAGCUGUCUCCGGAUGACACUGCAAAAGAGCAUAAUGAAAGAUGAGGCAUUCAGCAGCGAACAGAGAAGUUGAUGCAUCAAAUGCUGUCAUUCUUUAAAGGCAGUGUAUAAUGGCCCAAAAGAUAUAUGAGGCAGUGAAGAUAUGUUGUUAAGCA